ACUAUUCAACCGAACCCAAAAUCACACUGAACUUGUCUGCUUUAUUUCUGAGAAAAAUUUCGAGAAAACCUAGAGAAAGUAUUGUUUGGGUAUAAUGGCGACGACGAUCAAGGCCGUUAAAGCUCGUCAGAUCUUCGACAGCCGUGGAAAUCCAACAGUCGAAGUUGAUGUCACUCUCUCCGAUGGAACAUUUGCUAGGGCCGCUGUACCCAGCGGUGCUUCGACAGGUAUUUAUGAAGCUCUGGAACUGAGAGAUGGGGGAUCUGACUACCUUGGAAAAGGUGUACUCAAGGCUGUGGAGAAUGUGAAUUCGAUCAUUGGACCUGCAUUGAUUGGAAAGCACCCAACAGAGCAGACCAAAAUUGACAACUUCAUGGUGCAAGAGCUUGACGGAACGGUCAAUGAAUGGGGCUGGUGUAAACAAAAGCUUGGUGCGAAUGCUAUAUUGGCUGUGUCACUUGCUGUCUGCAAAGCAGGAGCUAUGGUGAAUAAGAUCCCCCUUUACAAGCACAUUGCCAAUCUUGCUGGAAAUAAGAAUUUAGUGCUGCCCGUACCUGCAUUCAAUGUCAUCAAUGGUGGUUCACAUGCAGGCAACAAAUUGGCAAUGCAGGAAUUUAUGAUUCUCCCUGUUGGGGCUUCUUCUUUCAAUGAAGCCAUGAAGAUGGGUGUAGAAGUAUAUCAUCACUUGAAGGCUGUAAUUAAGAAAAAGUAUGGUCAAGAUGCCACUAAUGUUGGUGAUGAAGGUGGCUUUGCUCCCAAUAUUCAGGAAAACAAAGAGGGCCUUGAACUGCUGAAGACAGCUAUAGCAAAAGCUGGUUAUACCGGAAAGGUUGUAAUCGGAAUGGAUGUUGCUGCAUCAGAGUUUUAUGAUAACAAUGAUAAGACUUAUGAUUUGAAUUUCAAGGAGGAGAACAAUGAUGGGUCACAAAAGAUAUCGGGUGACAGUUUGAAGAAUGUCUACAAGUCAUUUGUGGCUGAUUACCCAAUUGUAUCCAUAGAGGACCCAUUUGAUCAGGACGAUUGGGAGCACUAUGCAAAGAUGACCAGUGAGAUUGGUGAGCAAGUGCAAAUUGUUGGUGAUGAUCUCCUUGUCACAAAUCCUACGCGUGUUAAGAAAGCAAUCAAGGAGAAGACUUGCAAUGCCCUUCUUCUGAAGGUGAAUCAAAUUGGUUCUGUUACUGAAAGCAUUGAAGCUGUGAAAAUGUCAAAACACGCAGGCUGGGGUGUUAUGGCUAGUCACCGAAGUGGUGAGACUGAAGAUACUUUCAUUGCAGACCUUUCAGUUGGUUUGGCUACUGGUCAGAUCAAGACUGGAGCUCCUUGCAGAUCAGAACGCCUUGCUAAGUACAAUCAGCUUCUUAGGAUUGAAGAAGAAUUGGGAUCUGCGGCGAUCUAUGCGGGAGCGAAAUUCCGUGCACCAGUAGAGCCAUACUAAAUGGUUUCUGGAGUCACAAAGCAGUGUUAUAAUAAGCUUGACCGUAUCUGGUAUAACAAAAGCAUAGUUGAGAAGGUUAAACAAGAAUUUAUAUGUUCCGGCACUUACUAGGGUUUGUCUUGUGUUGUUUUUUUGUGGAACGAAUGUUUUCUUGACAUGGUUUUUUGGUUAUGUUAAUCUAGCAUCCUGCGGAGUUUGUGUCU